AUGAGCCCCAAGUCCAACUGUGAGGGAAGUUUCCUUCCCCUUGUUACAUUGCAAUACAACAACAUAAAUCUCCACUUCGAUUAGAAGCUCAGACAUCUCUGCCCCUCUCUCUCCCUUCCUCCGACUCUCUCUCCUCUCCAAUAGCUCCCACCAGACAAGAUCUAUAAAUCUGUAGAUCCACAUUGAUAGAUCUGUUUGUUGACAGUAUCGAAGAACACAAUCACCAUGGUCGGGAGUGUUGAAGUUGAAGGUACCUCGGCGCUAUCCAACGGUAAAGUGGGGCAUUUGUCGGGGGAAUUUGAUCCCACGGCCGUCGUUCCGGAGCCAUUGCCACCGCUGGCCGUGGCGAACGGUGAGGACGUGGUGAACGGGGACUUGGGAAAAGGUGGAGAGAAGAAAAGAGAGAUUGUGCUGGGGAGGAACGUGCACACCACGUGCCUCGCCGUCACGGAGCCAGAUGCUGACGACGAGUCCACUGGUGAUAAGGAGGCCUAUAUGGCCGGCGUGUUGGCUAGGUAUCGGAGGACUCUCAUCGACAGGACCCAACACCAUUUAGGAUAUCCAUAUAAUCUGGACUUCGAUUAUGGUGCUCUAGCACAGUUGCAGCAUUUCUCCAUUAACAACCUUGGUGAUCCAUUUAUUGAGAGCAACUAUGGUGUCCAUUCAAGACAAUUUGAAGUGGGUGUUUUGGAUUGGUUUGCCCGUCUGUGGGAGAUAGAGAAAGAUGAAUUCUGGGGAUACAUAACAAACUGUGGAACUGAAGGCAAUCUUCAUGGAAUUCUAGUUGGGAGAGAGGUUUUUCCAGAUGGAAUUCUGUAUGCUUCACGAGAGUCGCAUUACUCUGUUUUUAAAGCGGCAAGAAUGUACAGAAUGGAAUGUAUAAAAGUUGGCACGUUAGUCACUGGGGAGAUUGAUUGUGCAGAUUUUAAAGCCAAACUACUUCCUAACAAGGGGAAGCCGGCCAUACUCAACGUGAAUAUAGGAACUACUGUUAAAGGAGCUGUCGAUGAUCUUGAUCUUGUCAUAUCGACCCUUGAAGAAUGUGGAUAUUCACAUGACCGGUUUUACAUCCAUUGUGAUGGAGCUCUAUUUGGUCUUAUGAUGCCAUUUGUCAAACGUGCACCCAAGGUCAGUUUCAAGAAGCCCAUUGGAAGUGUGAGUGUUUCUGGUCACAAGUUUGUGGGAUGUCCAAUGCCUUGCGGCGUCCAGAUGACAAGGUUACAGCACAUUAAUGCCCUCUCAAGUAAUGUGGAGUACCUUGCGUCAAGGGAUGCAACAAUCAUGGGAAGCCGGAACGGCCAUGCUCCAAUUUUCCUUUGGUACACUCUAAACAGAAAAGGUUACAAGGGGUUCCAGAAAGAAGUCCAGAAGUGCCUUAGAAACGCUCAUUACUUGAAAGACCGCCUUAGGGAAGCAGGGAUUAGUGCUAUGCUAAAUGAGUUGAGCAGCACAGUUGUCUUUGAGCGACCUCAAGAUGAGGAGUUCAUUCGGAGGUGGCAACUUGCUUGUGAACGAAAUAUGGCACAUGUUAUUGUGAUGCCCAAUGUCACCAUUGAGAAGCUGGAUGAUUUCCUUAGCGAAUUAGUUCAGAAACGUUCGAUCUGGUAUCAAGAUGAGAAAGUUCAACCUCCUUGUCUUGCAGAAGAUGUAGGGAUAGAGAAUUGUUCUUGCGCACUUCACAAGUGAUUUUAUUUCUGCAACUGAGAACUUCUACAAUCUACUGUUGUUUGUUGUACUAAUUUGCUAAACUUUAGUUAAUGAGACUUCGCUUUCAGUUGAUCUAUAUUUUUACCCUGGUGAUAAAUUUUGUUUUGCUAUGAAAAAAUUUAGAGUUUUA